AUGUUGGGCAAACUCAGGUUUCAUAUCAUACUGACUAUUGGGGCCAUCUUGGCCUUGACCGUGCUGGCCGCGUGCGGGGGCGAUGAAAGGCAGUCCACGGGCGGGACGCCCAUAGGUCCUACUAACACACCGAUAGUUGCCGAUCCCACGGCAAUCUCGGCGCCGGCUCCAACAGACGCCCCGGCCGCGGUAGCUGACGAUGCCACCGAGGCUCCAUCCGCGGGAGGGGCGGCGCCUGCCGCCGGGGUUGGCAUGUUCCCGUCGCCUCCUUUUGGCUUGCUGGCAGCCCCAGAAGGUAGCCCGCAGUAUGGUGGUAUUUUGCGGUUCGGGUUCGUGGUCAAACCGGCCCACUUCGACGUACACCAGUCCGGUACUGCUUUGAACAAUAAUACUCAGGGGCCGAUGUACGACAACUUGCUUAGGCUUCAUCCAUUGAGCGCGGGUCGCGAGGUCAUUCCGGAUUUGGCCCACUCAUGGGACAUUUCCGAAGAUGGAUUGGUCUACACGUUCUACUUGAGAGAGGGCGUAAAGUUCCAUGACGGCGCGGACUUAACCUCUGAGGAUGUGAAAGCAACCUUUGACCGGAUCAUUGAUCCGCCGGAUGGCGUGGUGAUCCCUCGCGAGUCAGUUUUUGGAGCGGCGGCGGUAUCUGAAAUCCGAGCCGUGGACCCGCUGACGGUUGAGUUCGUUCUCUCCGAGCCACGCCCCGAUGCGUUAGUGUUGAAUGCCAUCGCCAGUGGCUGGAACAUCAUCGUCCGGAAACAGACCUUGGAAGAAAAUGACUACAACCUCAAACGCGUGAAGGAUUACCCUGGCACCGGUCCCUUCAUGUUCGAUGAAUUCAGUGACCAAGAAUUCCUGAAGAUGACGAAGAACCCGAACUAUUGGAAUCCCGAUCUGCCUUACCUGGAUGGUAUUCACAUUUUGCAUCUGAACGCCUGGGUGCCUGAGAUGGGCGCGGCGCUGCUGGCCGGCCGGGUUGACUAUGCCCGCGCCAUUGAGCCCGGCAGCUUCAAGAAAGCCAUCGAGCACCCGGAGAUCGAGACUGCCCAGUAUCCGCAGCACGUGAUCUUCGCGAUGUGGAUGAACAAUGCCAAGGAACCCAUGAACGAUGCCAGGGUGCGGCGGGCUAUGCAUUUGGUGCUGGACCGUGAGGCCAUCAAGCAGGCCACGAAGGACACCUUCCCGGCGGCGUUCGGUGCAGGCUUCACCUUCCGGUUCAGCCCGCACGCGACACCCGAGGAGGAGCUGCUGCAAAGGCCGGGUUACCGCUAUCCCAAGGACGAGGACAUUGCCGAAGCGCAGCGGUUGCUAACCGAAGCAGGAUAUCCCAAUGGCGAAGGUAUCCCGGAGCUGGACUUCCUCGUAAGACAGAUUGCUCACCUGGACCUCCAGGCUCCGGCAAUCCAGGAAAUGCUGCGGGUUCACCUAAACAUCAAGGCCAAUAUCCGCUCGAUUCACAUCUCUCAGUGGUUUGAGGAUGCCGAGAAGGGCAACUUCGACAUCACCCUGUCGGCAGUAGUGCUGGCGAUCAGGGACCCGUCCGACUACUACCGGGCCUGGUACGGCAAGGACGGUCCGCAGAACUACUCCCUGUGGGAGAACGAUGAAUUUGAGGCAAUGGUGGAUGAGAUCGACCGGGAGCUCGAUGCCGUCAAGCGUCUGCAGCUGAUCCGCGAGGCGGAGCUGUUGAUGGAGCGGGAAGUGCCUCUGGCUCCGGUGGCAUGGGAGGAGAUCACCGACGGCUGGUGGAACUACGUGAAGGGUAUCGAUCCCCCUCACAACGUCGGUAUCUACGAUGUGAUCCGCUGGGAUACCGCCUGGCUGGACAAUCCCAAGAACCGGUAA